CAUCAAACUGAAUGCAAAAUGUUUUACCACAUUCAAUUAGAACAUGAAAUCCAACUGCAUCCUCGCUAUUUUGGACCGAAUCUAUUGGACACGGUCAAAAAGAAGUUGUUCAAAGACGUUGAAGGAACCUGUACAGGCAAAUAUGGAUUCGUCAUUGCUGUGACCACAAUUGACAGUAUUGGUGAUGGUGUCAUUCAAUCAGGCACCGGCUUUGUAACUUAUCCGAUCAAAUAUCGAGCCAUUGUUUUUCGGCCAUUCAAAGGAGAAGUACUUGAUGCUAUCGUUACACAGAUCAACAAGGUCGGUAUAUUCACCGAAAUUGGCCCAUUGGCUUGUUUUAUAUCACGACAUUCGAUACCAGCCGAUAUGGAAUUUGAUGCUAAUGCUAACCCACCAUGUUAUAAAACAAAAGAUGAUGAAAUGGUCAUCAAUCAGGAUGAUGAAAUCCGUGUGAAAAUUGUCGGUAUACGUGUCGACGCUACCGAUAUAUUUGCCAUCGGUACGCUAAUGGACGAUUAUUUGGGUCUUAAUUGAAUAAAACUGUCAACUCGGUUUUUAUUCAUCUCAUUUGUUGUAGAUAACCUAUCCACCAAUUUCAUUCAUGUAUCAUUAUAAUGGAUUUAAUU